UACGACAAGGCAUUGGUACCCGUCCAAGUGCUCCCUCGUAAAGUCUCCUGCAUAGUGAAGCCUGAAACCCUCAUGGCAUGUCUGUUUCUCACAGGCGAAGUCGUAUGUGUUUGGUCUGGAGGGGUUUCAAAGAUCAGUUUCCCCACCCAGAGAUUCCCUUCAGAAAUCUCUGUCUACCGGCCCCCGCAAGCAAUCAAGGGUCAGACCAUCAUAAAGCUCAGGAGCUGCGACGAUACCAUCGCCGCCCUCUCAUCGAAUGGGGAAGUAUUCACUUUUACUUCACAACCUAUUGGAGAAAGCGACUCCGCAAAGAGUUCCCCUGCUUUCAAGCCUCAACGCAUAUGGGCCCUAAGACGUCAGUUCAGUGCUGUACAGGAUGUUGACAUUGGGGCCGAUGGAACUGUCAUAAUCUGCACCCAGUCUGGACAUGUUUACGUUCGCUUGCGGAGUGCCAAAGGAGGUCAAGGCCCCGGUGCCAAAGCAUUCAAAUUCCAGCGCAUACCGUACAUCCAGCGUGCUGUUGCUGUCUGUGCAAACAGCACAGGGGCGUUUGGGGUUCUGCGUGUUGACUUUAAUCCACUGCCCAUCAUCGUCACGGCGCGUUCAUUUUCAUGUGACAUUACUAAGAUUCAGCCAUACCUAGGUCCGUCAUCGCAUAGCGAGGACUUAUCGAUUCAAGAUGAUAUCGGGGAUCUCUCGAAGCUGCUUCAGGUUCUAGACCAACGCAAGAACGCGCCAGAUAUCGCCUUGCCCCAUCAUGCCGACGUAGUUGUUGUCACUCCCGGUCCACUGUACCUUCCGGCUCACCGGCUUAUUCUCGCUGUGAGAUGUCCGGUAUUAGGUGACAUGUUGCAUACCGGACGUCCGUUACAUGAUAAAUCUUCAGGAAUUGAGAUCAGUCUUGUCCCAGGAGACACAGUCCACAUUCAAAUAAUCGGAUGUCAUCCUUUCACGGUCCUUAUCCUCCUUCGAUACUUGUACUCGGACCAGCUUCUCGCCAUCUGGGAUUUACGCAUCGGAACCCCCUUUGUGUCCCAAUUUCAAACAUUUUCUGUGAAGCCUGUAGCAAUCAAGGCCGAACUUCAAUCACUCGCACGUAUAUUCAAUCUUCAACUUCUUUUGAAAGCACUUCAAUCGCCAGGGAAGCGGGUCCCCACUCCUUCACAGUCAGAAGACUUUCGCCUGCUCUACCAGAGAACCCAGUUAACUGGGCGUUUACGGCAUAAUACAAAAGAAGACUCCCUUGCGCCCGACGUCGCGCUCCACCUCGCCGACCAGGUCGUCGUUUGGAGUCAUUCAGUGGUUAUGGUCUAUCUAAGCGUCGUGAUAAGGUCGGGUAUCAUCGAUGUUGAUCUCAAGCACUUGGAGUGGGCAGAUGAGAACUUAUUGAAUCUCUUGGUAUACUUCGUGCAAGGAGUAGACGACCUGCUAUCCUUCAUCAUCUCGAUGUUUAUAAUGUGUGGCUAUUUGCUUACUGACGCAACGCACAUCAACGCGACCCAUCUCGUUGAACGCCUGCAAAAAGGUCACAUGCUCGAGGACCUCGACCCUUCCAUUGUGCGGCAGCUUUCUGAGUACAUCCGUAGCGCACAGAUGACGAAGUCCCUGGUCUCUCGUUCUAACUUACUAGCGAACCAAGCGCUGCGGAAGCAUGCCGAAUGGCUUGCUCAACAGGAUAUUCCAGUCAUCUUUGAACCUGUAGACAGGCCACAGGUUCACAGGGAUUCUCUGAAGUCACUGACUGCGGGCUCGAUCAAAACUCGCUCUAUUUCGAGUCUAUCUGUGCAUGCGGCGGCAGAUCCGCGCAAGGCUACUGAUGGCGGGCCGUCAGGAGACGAGCUGUUCGUGAUGGACGAAGUACCCUCGUCAGAUAUCACUCCUAAUCAUCCGGUACCCGUGGCUGCUGAACCGUCUGGACCAGUACCAGUAUGGAAACGGCCCAUCUCCGCUCCCAGGCUGAAAACACCAAAAACAUCUGGUGUUGCGAAUAGAGCAACACGCGUUCGGGAGUCUUUGACACAAGUAGCUACGUUACAGCGUAGGACCGUAGGCUCGCCAAAGCCUGACGCGUCACCGACACCACGUCGAACGCUGUCCGAUCUUGACUCGGGAAAGUCAUCGCUUCCCGAAUUAUCCGCCACCCGGCCAGUUCCUCAAGCCGUACCUUCAUCUUCGAAGCCCCAGCCGAAUGCAUCUUCACUCGGACCCGUCUUUUCCCCCGUUCGACAGGUGCCUUCGACAUCCAGUUCACCAGGUCCCCGACGUGUUUCGAAUACGGGUGCCGCAUGGACACUUCCGCCUGUUCAGCCGGUGGUGCAAUCGAGCGUUACAGAAUCAGCCUCGCUUUCAUUUGCUGAGAUACAACAGUUACAGCUUCUGCAGGGCAUGCCUGCACCAAAGGACAAGCGAUCGCUUGUCGAGAUUCAAGAAGAGGAGCGAGCCAUCCAACUAGAGGCAGACUUUAUGAAAUGGUGGGCGGCGGAAGAGGCGCGUACUCAAGAAGAAGCGCACAGUGCUUCUCAAACGCAAAUUCAACGUGCUACUCCUCCUAGGAGCAAGAAUCGAGGAGGGAAGAAGCAAUCUUACAAUACUCGCUCGAAGACUGGUGAAGCACACCCUGCUCAGGGUUCCAGCCGUUCCAAGGAGGGGGGGAAGUACUCCAUGGUACCGGAAACUGCUGGUGCAAUGCCGCAGGUUGGAGGAUCCAGCCCAAAGAGUCGAAGGAGACAGGACGCUGCUGGGUCGGCGGUCCACGAUUCUAUCCAUGUUCAACGGUCGAAGGGGCGGUGAACUAUGUAACAAGCCUCCAACCAGCGAACUUAUAGCAAUGGUAUGGACUAUGGGGACUGUCGAAAGGAAAGUAUGAGCGCCAAAGCGAUACCCAAUGAUCUGAAGUUACGUAGAAGCACGCGGGCGAAUGCCAGGAACUUUGUACACUGGUACACACUCUGACCUGACUACAUAGAUUCUGUUAAACUGUCCAUAUUGUAAACGGCGUCCUCACGCACAAUAUACAUCUGUUUCAAUGCAGUUCA